CCUUAUGAAGAUAAAGAUGACUGGUCAGAGCACAUCAGUUCCUCUGGGAAGAAGUACUACUACAACUGCAGAACAGAGGUCUCACAGUGGGAGAAACCCAAAGAGUGGCUGGAGAGGUACGCGUUACUCCAUCUUCAUUCACAUAAUACCCUUUUCACAUGAUAGAUCUGAGCGUAGCUGAGCUGUAUUGCGCUGGCUGGCCUGGUUCCCUUUUCAGUCAGUGAUGAGCUGUGAAGCUGAUGUCUCUGAUGAAUUCAUAAACACUGCUUACCAAAAAACUGAGACUGAAGAGGGCCUUGCUUUGCUUUACCCAUGUCCUGAUUGUUAUGGUAUUAAAUGUAACAUAGCCAGCCAUAGUGUUUGUAAGUUACAAUGCCCUAUGUUAGUGGUUCCCAAACUGUGGGGUGCACAUGUAAUGCCAUAACAAUCAGGACAGUUGUAAUAGUAGAAUGCACAAGGUGCAAUUUCGAAAUUGGUUAGUGCCUCAUCAGUUUUCCUCUUGUCAUGUCAGUCAUUGCAUGCCUUAGAGAGCUAUUUAUAACUUGUCAGACAUUUCCAGAUCAAUAGCCCAUGUCAGCCAACAUUUUUUAGCUAGGUUGUUUAGCCCAUAGAUUUUGUUGAAAUGUUUGAGUCACUCAAAUAUCACAUGAAUAAACAUUAGACAUGGCAAAAUGUAUAGAAUUGCAAGAAAAUGAGCUUUAAACUGCAACAUUUGUAUUUCCGCCAACAAGAUGGUUGUGAACAGUUUGUCAUGAACAGUGCUUGUGCCCAUAGAAAUAGACAUGGACGCGCCAGGAUGUUCUCCAAUGCUGGAAUGGGGGCCUGAGAGGAAAACGUUUGGGAACCCCUGCCCUAUGUCACCUGUCAGAAAUUAGGAAGAUUAGCACUUUGUGUUUUAACUUAGGGCUCUGGUCAAAAGUAGUGCAAUAUAUAGGGAAUAGGGUGCCAUUUGGGAUGCAGACUUGAGCUCUAACUUGACUGUUUCUGUUUGUUUCCAGAGAGCAGAGACAGAAGGAGUCCUGCACUAAGUCGGCGCCAGUCAACAGUUUCCCCAAAGACAGGGACUACAGACGGGAGGCCAUGCAGCAGGCUACAGCAGUCACUGGCUUUACUGCUGCUAGUAAGUUUUACAACUACAUACCGGCUUUACUGCUGCUAGUAAGUUUUACAACUACAUAGUGGCUUUACUGCUGCUAGUAAGUUUUACAACUACAUACUGGCUUUACUGCUGCUAGUAAGUUUUACAACUACAUACCGGCUUUACUGCUGCUAGUAAGUUUUACAUCUAAAUACUGGCUUUACUGCUGCUAGUAAGUUUUACAACUACAUACCGGCUUUACUGCUGCUAGUAAGUUUUACAACUACAUACUGGCAUUACUGCUGCUAGUAAGUUUUACAUCUACAUACUGGCUUUACUGCUGCUAGUAAGUUUUACAUCUACAUACUGGCUUUACUGCUGCUAGUAAGUUUUACAACUACAUACCGGCUUUACUGCUGCUAGUAAGUUUUACAACUACAUACUGGCUUUACUGCUGCUAGUAAGUUUUACAACUACAUACUGGCUUUACUGCUGCUAGUAAGUUUUACAUCUACAUACUGGCUUUACUGCUGCUAGUAAGUUUUACAACUACAUACUGGCUUUACUGCUGCUAGUAAGUUUUACAUCUACAUACUGGCUUUACUGCUGCUAGUAAGUUUUACAUCUACAUACUGGCUUUACUGCUGCUAGUAAGUUUACAUCUACAUACCGGCUUUACUGCUGCUAGUAAGUUUUACAACUACAUACUGGCUUUACUGCUGCUAGUAAGUUUUACAUCUACAUACGGCUUUACUGCUGCUAGUAAGUUUUACAACUACAUACCGGCUUUACUGCUGCUAGUAAGUUUUACAUCUACAUACUGGCUUUACUGCUGCUAGUAAGUUUUACAUCUACAUACUGGCUUUACUGCUGCUAGUAAGUUUUACAACUACAUACCGGCUUUACUGCUGCUAGUAAGUUUUACAACUACAUACUGGCUUUACUGCUGCUAGUAAGUUUUACAUCUACAUACUGGCUUUACUGCUGCUAGUAAGUUGUACAACUACAUACCGGCUUUACUGCUGCUAGUAAGUUUUACAUCUACAUACUGGCUUUACUGCUGCUAGUAAGUUUUACAACUACAUACUGGCUUUACUGCUGCUAGUAAGUUUUACAUCUACAUACCGGCUUUACUGCUGCUACUAAGUUUUAGAACUACAUACCGGCUUUACUGCUGCUAGUAAGUUUUAGAACUACAUACUGGCUUUACUGCUGCUAGUAAGUUUUACAACUACAUACCGGCUUUACUGCUGCUAGUAAGUUUUACAACUACAUAUUGGCUUUACUGCUGCUAGUAAGUUUUACAACUACAUACCGGCUUUACUGCUGCUAGUAAGUUUUACAACUACAUACCGGCUUUACUGCUGCUAGUAAGUUUCACAACUACAUAUUGGCUUUACUGCUGCUAGUAUGUUUUACAACUACAUAUUGGCUUUACUGCUGGGAGAAAGUAUUUUUUUGUUGCUUGUUUUAUAAUUUUUUUUACAUGUCUGCCAUUGAGGUCAAAAUACCUUUUAACAAGGGAGACCUGGCCAAAUUUCUAGAAACAUGCGGUUUGACUUUUUUGUGCAAUGGUGGUUGCUGAAUGUUCUUAUCAGUCAUUGAUGGUCCUUGUUAAUCACAUUUCUGCCUAAUGUAUGCUAAGUUUACCAAAAGAAUGGUGCAGUGGUCUAAGGCACUGCAUCGCAGUGCUAGCUGUGCCACUAGAGAUCCUGGUUCGAAUCCAGGCUCUGUCGUAGCCGGCCGCGACCUGGAGACCCAUGGGGCGGCGCACAAUUGGUCCAGGGUAGGGGAGGGAAUGGCUGGCAGGGAUGUAGCUCAGUUGGUAGAGCAUGGCGUUUGCAACGCCAGGGUUGUGGGUUCGAUUCCCACGGGGGGCCAGUAUGAAAUAAACAAAAAUAAUGUAUGCACUCACUUAACUGUAAGUCGCUCUGGAUAAGAGCGUCUGCUAAAUGACUAAAAUGUCAAAUGUAAUGUAUGAUUCAAUCAAUGCUGCAUCUGUGAGUCAAGGUCAAGUUCUGAACGUGUGCCUCGGGAAGGAGGCUGUGUUGAUCUAAAAUGUUUGAAAUCUGUCUUCAAAACCACUGUCUUAUUCUCAGGUAUUUGUGACUUGGUGUUCUCAGAUGUUAUUCUAAUCUAAGCCUUUCAUUAUCCCAGUGACAAUGUAGUCUCUAAGUGUAUAUACUGCAAGGGUGGUGGUAGUGGUUCAUGUUGGGGAGCGUGCCCUGCUGUACAGCCAGUCAGUGGAGGUAGAGGGCUCUGUAACUCAGUCCGUUGAAGGACGGGGGAACAUGGGCAGUCACAGAGACCUGAUUUGAUGUCAUCUGGCAAACAUAGAGAGACUGACUGCACUGUCACCGUCCGAGAGAGAGCGCAACGGAGAGGGAAAGAGAGCGAGACCUACUGCACCGUCCAGAGCCGAGUAGAGCGCUCCCCUCUACUGUCAAACCGCCAGAACACAGCGGUGGUGCACAGUGCUCUGUCUACCCUACCAGAGCAUCUGGGCUCAAACAGUAUUUGCAAGAUUUAUUUGGACUCAGGUUUGUCAUGCGUGUUCACAAUGCCAAGGUCACUGGUUUGUGGUUGGUCCAUAAGUGGUGCGGCUUAAACAAAGGGAAGAACAGGAUCAAGUUUGUUCUUUUGGAGGAGGUACUCUUCGGAAGCUAAAAUGUUGAGGGCCAGCUGGCGGGAAAAAGCUGCUGUAUCAUAGAUUUGUCAGGGAGAGAUUCAGCUUUCUAAGUUAGCGCCUUACAGUCCACAUGCCUACUCUCAAGUAAGCCAACAGCCAGCUUCUUCUAAUCAGACUUCACAAGCCUGCUGAUUUGAGAUGGUUUUAAUCAUUUGGCAUAUUUAUCCGAGAGAGAACUUCUGUGUGUCUGUCACUCACUCGACACAACCACUUGCUGAGUUAUCAUUUGAAAAUGAGAUUCCGCAAAUUUUAAGAGGCAGUUUCCACUGGAGCGAAGCCCGUCUUUAAUAAAUGCAUCUGCUGCCCAGUAGGUGUGUGAUGAUAUAAGUAUUGCAUAAUUUUUUCCUGUGGCAACAAUGAAAACAUGAAGCAGACAACUCUUUGGUCCUUUUAAAAGCCUUAUAUUUGUAAAAUAAUGUGUGCUAUAGCUUGGAAAAUAAAUAUGACUCUUGAUGACAACAUAAUGUUUGUUUCCAACAUUAGGGCUGUUUUCCUAAAGAAGUUAAAGCCGCUUUGUGUUUUGUUUCCUUGCCAUGAUGCUAACGAGUAUCGCCAUAAUGGUAUCGUCCCGGCCCUAUUGUUUAUUAAGCUUGAGUUCCACUUAGUUCCAUUGAACAUUCCCUACGAACUUGCAAAAAUAAUCUUGAAGAAUCAGUAGUGCUGAGUGAUUUAAUGCUUUUUGAGGUUGGUUUGAUUUUUAAAAAACACUUUUUGGGGUGGGUUUCAAUAUUAUGUGUGUUGACUGCGGUAACAACACAGAAUAAAACAGUUAAUAAAAGUCCCAUGAUGGUAGUGACUGCCCAUUACUGCUUAUCACUUAUUAACAGUCAUUUAUUCACAUUACUUUACUCAAAUAUUUCAGUUGUGUAUAUUACAUUUGUUUUAUUUGAUGACUAUAUUUCAUUCCAUGUCAUCAUCUCAUCUCUAUAGAGCUGCUGUCUGACAAAAUCACUAUUUUGUAGUUCUUCAAUCUAUUUAAGGCAUACUUUUGACUGCUGAAUACCAACUAUCAAUCUCUUAGAUCAUGUAUUUUCAGGUAGAGAUACCUCGCGACACAACCGCUGCUCUCUAUAUCACCUCACGAUCGCGCAUUCUUCUCUCUUCAGUAGCAGGUGUAAAAUAAACAAAGGCCGGACAUGUAGAUGCGCAAUGGAUUAUGGUCAUUGUAGUUAAUUGCCGUGGUUUAUUUGCUAUACUAUGUCGAAUAUUGGCCUGUUGGAAACUACAACUCCCUACUACAUUGCACAGUUCAGGCUGGAUCUGAUUUAUCUCUAGAGAAACUGUGCGAUGUGCGCAUUGAGCUCACAGAAAAAAAACAUACUAAAUGGAAUUCAAAUAAUUGUCAAUUGUUUAAGAAAACGAAAAUAACGGACAUUUCGAUUAUUCGCUCAGCACUAAGAAUCAGAUGUGAGUGCUUUUAACAUGUGAGAUCUAACAAGUCUACCUCCCUCCCUCCCUCACAGAGUCAGCCCAGGUGGAGAAGCAGCCAGCGUCGGUGUCCUCACAGUCGUCCUCCUCAGGUUCGGGCCUGAACCCCACGUCGGGUACCCCCUGUUCCUCCUCGGCCCCCACCACGGUGCCAGUGUCCCCGGUCCUCCAGUCCCACGCCCACACCCCCCUGCUCCAGGACCCCUCCCUGCUCAGACAGCUCCUCCCAGCACUUCAGACCGCCUUGCAACUCAACAACGCAAGCGUCGACAUGGCCAAGAUCAACGAGGGUGAGAGGGAGAGAGACGCACGUGCACUGAGUCUUUUAUCUGUGAGGGCUACUAUGGUGAAUGCUUUCGCAGACAGCAAGGGAAGCUAGAUUAUAGAGGGAGUAGGAGAGAGACACAAUGGGGAAUGUGGCUGAAUACUUUAGGAGCAGCAAGUGAAACUGGACGUUUUUUUAGUUUUUGCUCAUGAUGGUCGUCUUUCAACCUUGUGCCCAUGUUUCUCUAGCUGCCCUUUGUCUGAGGACGGAAACUCACAGGCAAUAGGCAGAUCUGUAGACCUGACUAGCAGGUUACUAGGGCCCUAUAGAAUCUGUGAUGCAGAGGGAAUCACGGAAUACAGACAUUAAAAUGGAAUUCAACAAUAUAAACAAAAUGUAUUGAACUUAGUAGGGAAUCAACUAAAUGUAUUGAAAAGUUAAUUCAUUUGCCCAAGUUUAUCAGAAGACGUGAAUAGAAUGCAUCAGUGAUUCGUAUUUCCUGUAACUUUCUGAAGAGGCAACGAGAAUUUCUCGUAUGUGUGGCGCGCGCGCCUACCACUUUGUGUCGCUUUGAUGCUAAUGAAAAGUAUUCUGGUAGAUGGAAAGGCUUUCCCAAAAAACCUUCUCAAUUAAAUGUUAACUACCAGGUAGCCUAUGCUUACAGCGGUCGCGUUAAUGCAGAAUUCUGCCCCCCCCCAAAAGAUAAAUGCAUUAUAAAUAUCUUGCUGCGUUUUGUAAAGACAGAUCUAAAAUAUUUCUUAUUGCAAUUUCUCGGCAUCAGACUGAUUUUGUGCUUCAGUAGCACUUCACCACUCGGAUGAGAAUUCACGAACGGGCAUUCUAUUAAAAGACAGUGCUCUGACUGAAAUGUAGCUACUUUCCUCUGGUACUUUUCUCGGUGUAGCCUACUUUUCUCCAGUAAAAUGCAAGAUUAGCGUCAAGUAAAACUUUAGGAAAUGUAGCUGGCUACAUUAUUUCUAUAAUAAACAUUAGAAAUACACUACCUUACCAAAAGUAUGUGGACACCUGCUUGUCAAACAUCUCAUUCCAAAACCACAUUGAAAGUCACUGAGCUCUUCAGUUAGGCCAUUCUACUGCCAAUGUUUGUUUAUGGUGAUUGCAUGGCUGUGUGCUCGAUUUUAUACACCUGUCAGCAACGGGUGUGGCUGAAGUAGCUGAAUCCACUAAUUUGAGAAGGUGUCCACAUACUUUUGUGUGUAUAUAUAGUGUAUUAUGGCAUGCAUCGUUUUUGCAAGAAAGACCUUGCUUUUCCAUUGUUAGCUAAUUUACUUGUGUGGCUGCUAGCCAAAUAGUGUUGCACUUCUGUUGUCAUCUGAUGAGAAUGAAGCCAUUUUCUGCCGAAUGUGUUGCACUAAUAUAUUUUUUGUGAAGGAAAACUAGUUGGAGCACCUGAUCACUCUAUUGAAGCAAAAAAACACUGCGUCUCUCCUACCCUUGUCCUUCCUCUCUUUUCUCCCCCCUUUUCUCUCUCUUUCUGUUUGUCCCCUCUUUCUCUCUUUCAUUCUCUGUUUCUCUCUUCGCUCUCUUUCUCUUUCUGUCUCUCCUCUGUCUUUUUCCUCUCCUUUGGUGUGUGUCUCAGUGUUCUGGUAUUGCUUAGGGCUGGGAAUGGCCAGGGACCUCACGAUACUUUGGUGCCGAUACGAUAUGUAUUGUUAUUCGAUACUGUGAUUUUAUUGCGAUUCGACGUUCCAAACAUAUUGCUCACCAUAUCGGCCGCAGAGACUAGAGAGCCAUGAGAAAACAACAAGUUUUGAUCAGUCAUGGAAAUGCAAGUGCUGAAAACAAAUUGGCUCCCUAUUUAAAAAGAAGAUGGAGAACAAGCUAUGAAGGAAAAAUAGUUUUGGUGCAGGUACAGCCAACUAGCGCAAAAAUAAUAAUUGUCAAAACGAUACGAUAUGUCGUCAAAUGAUUUUCGGUACAGCGGGAAAGUUGCAUGCCAUUCACAAUGUUCAGCAUUUACAAUGUUCCUUGCAUUGUCUGUUGUGACCGGAUUGUUAUGUUGGGCCUCUCCAGUUUUCACUCUGAUGCUGCGUUUGUAACCAUUUGGGAAUUUACCAGUUGUGAAGUCAUAAAUACUAGUUGGAUGCAUUCAUGUGACUUAAACUCAUUGAGAAAUGCCGAUUUGGCUAAUGGCCAACAAGCUUUGUCAACCAUACUACAAAUAGAGCUAUCAUGCUUGUAAACAAAUUAUAGUUCAAAAACCACAUUAAUAGAUUGCUUUUGUAUAAAUGUUUUGUUGGAUUUAACUGUCGAAAAUGCUGUUAUAGAGGCAAUUUCCUUAGUACCUGACAUCGGAGGUCACCAUGUGGGAGAAAUGGUUCUCAGCAUGACGACGAGUCACUGUUAAGUAAGCGCAACACAGGGUGCUAUGGCCAAUUCAUUGAAAACUUCAUCUUAGGUUUGCUUAUAUAGAGCGGGUACUAGCUGUUUGCUGAAAUGGUUGUAAGAGGGGAGUUUGUAAUGUGGCUCGGGCACUUUCAUGAGGUGUUGAAACCACUACUGAAACCCCCUAUUCUCAACCACGGAGUAGGUGCAUAUCCACGGUCUAAACCAAAGACUGUAAAAAAUAUAUAAACACAGCCUACAUAUCGCUCUUGUUAUUUCUUUGGCCCGGUCAGAAUCUGCUGCUAAGGCUGCUUGAAUGGGGAGAUGACGAUGUGUUUCUUUGAGUUUCCGUCUUGCUCCGGUAUACGGUGGUGACGUCGGUGUAAAUGUGUCAACAUAUUUGAGGUGUUGGCAGCUGCGUAGGCUAUUCACGUUGAGUGUGGCGACGUACUGUUAAUGUUUAUCAACAACUCUGUCCAUCGCUGUUGGAAGCUGCUGGGAAGCCAACAUUUUCCCAAACUGGAGAUUUUAAACGUUGAUGGAGGAUCCUCCAAUUCUGGUUUCUCGACCUCCACCACUCGCCAUCGUACAUAACUAUUUUCCGGCUGCGCCUCACAAAAGGACAGUUAGAAGUGCGUCAAUUAAGAUUAUAAUUUGUAUUACAACAUGUGCAUAGGCUCUAGUUGUUUUAACGGAAUAGCCUGAAAUGUUUUUUCAGCUCAGAUUUACUCAAGAGGCCUACAACCCAGCGUAGGCAGAGCCUAUAGGCUUAGUUUUUUUAUCUAAUUUUAAAAAAUGUAUUCAUUCAGGUUCACAGUGCGGACCGAACCGAGUUCCCUGUACCGAACUGUUCGGUACGAAUACAUGUACCGUUACACCCCUAAUUAGGGAUAAUCUGUUAUAGUUUUAGAUAAAGACUAUCUUUCCCAGCUUUCCUCACUAUUUUCUCUCUCCCUAGUCCUCACAGCUGCUGUCACUCAAGCGUCGUUACAGUCGUUGCUUCAUAAGAUCCUCACGGCCGGCCCAUCGGCUUUCAACAUCACCACUCUGCUCUCCCAAGCAGCCCAGCUCUCCAACCAAGGUAGGACUUCUUCAGCCACGCUGUUUUAUUUUGCUGCCGUGGUCGUUUUUACAUCCAAAAUUGACAACCUUCCUCCAACUUGCCACUGUUGACUUUAGUAUUAAAAGUCUAUCUAAACCAGAAUGGGAAUGGUGUUCAAAUGUGUAACCAUAUCCAUGUCUUCUCCCUCAAACCGCAUCGAAUGUCAGUGGUUGAUUUUUGCCAAUGUAUUAUUUUGUGUCCGUCUUCUUUGCACUGUUACACUUAUUAUAUGUAUUUAUUUUUUGGUCAUUUAGCAGACGCUCUUAACCAGAGCGACUUACAGGAGCAAUUAGGGUUAAGUGCCUUGCUCAAGGGCACAUCGACAGAUUUUUCACCUAGUCGGCUCGGGGAUUAGAACCAGCGACCUUUCGGUUACUGGCACAACGCUCUUAACCACUAAGCUACCUGCCGCCCCUCUGCAAACAAGACACUAUUUUCAUCUAGAAUUCUGUCAUAGCUAUUCCCCAACAUUUAUUUUAGUUGCUUUUGCCACCUGCUUACAGAAUGCAGCUUUGUCAUGGAAAUGGUUUUUAAUGAAUGCCUAAUCAUUCUCCAACCUCUCUGCUAACCCCAACAGCCCAGCAGUCGAACCAGUCCCCCAUGUCCUUGACGUCAGACGCCUCCUCUCCCCGCUCCUACGUGUCUCCCAGGAUCAGCACGCCUCAGACCAACACUGCUCAUCACAAAGCCCUGCUCAGCACGCCACCUGUCGCCUCUCAAACCAAGGUACUGUCUACUGUAGCCUCCCAGCCUAAGGUAGGGCCUCUCUACCCCACUGUCCCCCUGAGUGGAGGGGAUGGUAGGGAUUUUGUUGGAGUAUUUACUCUUGGUGUUUCACAGCAUCAUGACCAAGCUAGUCUAAGACCUACCCAGGUUGUUCAGUGUUUAUUACUGCUGUAGGGGUUUCUCUUUGUGUUUUUGUCAGUAUAAUAAUCAUGUCAUUUUAUAAAAUGCUUUUGUAGAGGAACGUGUGUUGUGACAGCAAUUGAGCAAGCAGCUCUUGUUUGCCGUGCGUCUGUGUCUUGGUCUUUUUAAUAAUGAAUGUUUAUCUCACUAGAGCUACUCUUAUCUGGCCUGGUCCCUGUCUGUCAUUCUCUUUGUGGUCCAGGUGAACAUCCAUGGUUCUGGUGUUUCCUCUCUAACCUUCUUCCCCUCUGUCGCUGUGUGGUCCAGGUGAGCAACACGCCAGUUGUGAAGCAGCAGGGAUCAGCCCCCCAGCCCUCCUCCCAGCAGCCCCUCCCCAGCGACAAACCACACGGACACGACAUCGCCGCCUCCCCUAGGACCCUCCAGCGCCAAGGGUUAGCCUACAUUGACCUUCUAGUCAUUAGCAGACUCUUUUCUUUUUGAUUCAUCAUUGGCUAGAGCUCUUUAUGUGACAGUGUUGAAUGUGUUGUGUGUUUUUAAAAUGUUUUCAGUGUGUGAAAAAUCUAUAAAAAAUGUCAUCCUAAUUUAGCAGACGCUCUAAUCUAUAGCAAAUUACAAUCUGUGUUUUCAACUAAAGGAGGUAAAACAAUUGAUCAUUGCUACUAAGAGUCUUCAAGAUGCUCUCUUGUGUUCGUCUGACUGAUGUGAAGAGAAAGCAGAGAACCUCAAGGGGUGACAUACAAUGCCAUGAUCAUGCCUUGUAAGAGACUGUUUACACAUUAUUUCAAUAUGUAGUGUUGUGGAGCCACCUGCUGGCGGUUUAAUGGACAAGUAUUUCAUAAGUAUUUGCUUUACACAGCUACACACAAAGACUCUAUUGGAUUGCGCUGUCGUUUAAUUCAUUAGAGUCUUAAGAAAUUGGGGGUGCUAAGCUCACAUAUGGAAUUGUUUUAAGAUGGUCAUACUAUGGAUCAUUUAGCUAUUUGAUUUUGAAUUUUAGGACCACUUUAGGUGUCAAGUGUAUAAAAAUUAUUUGAUAAAAUAUUGAUUUUUAUUAUUUUGCCCUUUACUACUAAACUCCAUAGAAACACAUUGAAUAACACAUUCAUAAAUGUCAAAGGACAGUCAAAUGUCUCAUAAGAAACAAGAUUUUGAAGUGUCUGUCCUAAAUCUAGGAGAUAGAUAAAAUAGAUAACUCAUUAUUAUUAUUAUUAUUAUUAUUUUUUUACACACACUGUAUUUAACCGCUUUUUUUGGUAGGUACAAAACUAACUUAAUACUUCCAUUCGUUUUUUAAAAACUGGUACAGGUUACCUUCAUACGAGUGCCGUGACACUUGUGGGGGUCGUACAGCAAAACGGAGAACACCAUGUUUGUGUAAAUCUCCCCUUUCCAUAGAGUUUAUAGGCCAAACCUUCAGACGUUUUCGCAAGAAGGCCGAUUUUUUUUGGGGGGAUGUCUCAUGGUCUUACAAACACCGCUCUAGCUUUGCCACCUUUCACCGCGGAAGUGUGACAUCGGUGGAUGUGAUGGAUUGACACGCCUCCAAAUGACAUCAUUUGAGUCAAUUGGAGGUGUACCUGUGGAUGUAUUUCAAGGCCUACCUUCAAACUGUGCCUCUUUGCUUGACAUCAUGGGAAAAUGAAAAUAAAUCAGCCAAGACCUCAGAAAAAUUAUUGUAGACUUCCACAAGUCUGGGUCAUCAUUGGGAGCAAUUUCCAAAUGCCUGAAGGUACCACGUACAUCUGUACAAACAAUGGUACGCAUGGGACCACGCAGCCGUCAUACCGCUCAAGAAGGAGACGCGUUCUGUCUCCUAGAGAUGAACGUACAUUGGUGCGAAAAGUGCAAAUCAAUCCCAGAACAACAGCAAAGGACCUUGUGAAGAUGCUGGAGGAAACGGGUACAAAAGUAUCUAUAUCCACAGUAAAACUGGUCCUAUAUAGACACAACCUGAAAGGCCGCUCAGCAAGGAAGAAGCCACUGCUCCAAAACCGCCAUAAAAAAGCCAGACUACGGUUUGCAACUGCACAUGGGGACAAAGAUUGUACUUUUUUGGAGAAAUGUCCUCUGGUCUGAUGAAACAAAAAUAGAACUGUUUGGCCUUAAUGACCAUCGUUAUGUUUGGCGGAAAAAGGGGGGUGCUUGCAAGCCGAAGAACACCAUCCCAACCGUGAAGCACGAGGGUGGCAGCAUCAUGCUGUGGGGGUGCUUUGCUGCAGGAGGGACUGGUGCACUUCACAAAAUAGAUGGCAUCAUGAGGAAGGAAAAUUAUGUGGAUAUAUUGAAGCAACAUCUCAAGACAUCAGUCAGGAAGUUAAAGAUUGGUCGCAAAUGGGUCUUCCAAAUGGACAAUGACCUCAAGCAUACUUCCAAAGUUGUACCAAAAUGGCUUAAGGACAACAAAGUCAAGGUAUUGGAGUGGCCAUCACAAAGCCCUGACCUCAAUCCUACAGAAAAUGUGUGGGCAGAACUGAAAAGGCGUGUGCGAGCAAGGAGGCCUACAAACCUGACUCAGUUACACCAGCUCUGUCAGGAGGAAUGGGACAAAAUGCACCCAACUUAUUGUGGGAAGCUUGUGGAAGGCUACCCAAAAGAUUUGACCCAAGUUAAACAAUUUAAAGGCAAUGCUACCGAAUACUAAUUGAGUGUAUGUAAACUUCUGACCCACUGGAAAUGUGAUGAAAGAAAUAAAAGCUGAGAAAUCAUUCUCUCUACUAUUAUUCUGACAUUUCACAUUCUUAAAAUAAAGUGGUGAUCCUAACUGACCUAAGACAGGGAAUUUUUACUAGGAUUAAAUGUCAGGAAUUGUGAAAAACUGAGUUUAAAUGUAUUUGGCUAAGGUGUAUGUAAACUUCCGACUUCAACUGUGUCUAUACAGUGAGGGGAAAAAAGUAUUUGAUCCCCUGCUGAUUUUGUACGUUUGCCCACUGACAAAGAAAUGAUCAGUCUAUAAUUUUAAUGGUAGGUUUAUUUGAACAGUGAGAGACAGAAUAACAACACAAAAAUCCAGAGAAAUGCAUGUCAAAAAUGUUAUGAAUUGAUUUGGAUUUUAAAGAGGGAAAUAAUUAUUUGACCCCUCUGCAAAACAUGAUUUAGUACUUGGUGGCAAAACCCUUGUUGGCAAUCACAGAGGUCAGAUGUUUCUUGUAGUUGGCCACCAGGUUUGCACACAUCUCAGGAGGGAUUUUGUCCCACUCCUCUUUGCAGAUCUUCUCCAAGUCAUUAAGUUUUCAAGCCUGACGUUUGGCAACUCGAACCUUCAGCUGCCUCCCCAGAUUUUCUAUGGGAUUAAGGUCUGGAGACUGGCUAGGCCACCCCAGGACCUUAAUGUGCUUCUUCUUGAGCCACUCCUUUGUUGCCUUGGCCGUGUGUUUUGCGUCAUUUUAAUGCUGGAAUACCCAUCCACUACCCAUUUUCAAUGCCCUGGCUGAGGGAAGGAGGUUCUCACCCAAGAUAUGACGGUACAUGUCCAUCGUCCCUUUGAUGCGGUGAAGUUGUCCUGUCCCCUUAGCAGAAAAACACCCCCGAAGCAUAAUGUUUCCACCUCCAUGUUUAACGGUGGGGAUGGUGUUCUUGAGGUCAUAGGCAGCAUUCCUCCUCCUCCAAACACGGCGAGUUGAGUUAAUGCCAAAGAGCUCAAUUUUGGUCUCAUCUGACCACAACACUUUCACCCAGUUCUCCUCUGAAUCAUUCAGAUGUUCAUUGGCAAACUUCAGACGGGCCUGUAUAUGUGCUUUCUUGAGCAGGGGGACCUUGCGGGCGCUACAGGAUUUCAGUCCUUCACGGCGUAGUGUGUUAACAAUUGUUUCCUUGGUGACUAUGGUCCCAGCUGCCUUGAGAUCAUUGACAAGAUCCUCCCGUGUAGUUCUGGGCUGAUGCCACACCGUUCUCAUGAUCAUUGCAACUCCACGAGGUGAGAUCUUGCAUGGAGCCCCAGGCCGAGGGAGAUUGACAGUUAUUUUGUGUUUCUUCCAUUUGCGAAUAAUCGCACCAACUGUUGUCACCUUCUCACCAAGCUGAUUGGCGAUGGUCUUGUAGCCCAUUCCAGCCUUGUGUAGGUCUACAAUCUUGUCCUUGACAUCCUUGGAGAGCUCUUUGGUCUUGGCCAUGGUGGAGAGUUUGGAAUCUGAUUGAUUGCUUCUGUGGACAGGUGUCUUUUAUACAGGUAACAAGCUGAGAUUAGGAGCACUCCCUUUAAGAGUGUGCUCCUAAUCUCAGCUCGUUACCUGUAUAAAAGACACCUGGGAGCCAGAAAUCUUUCUGAUUGAGAGGGGGUCAAAUACUUAUUUCCCUCAAUAAAAUGCUAAUCAAUUUAUACGAUUUUUGACAUGCUUUUUUCUGGAUUUUGUUGUUCUGUCUCUCACUGUUCAAAUAAACCUACCAUUAAAAUUAUAGACUGAUCAUUUAUUUGUCAGUGGGCAAACGUACAAAAUCAGCAGGGGAUCAAAUACUUUUUCCCCUCACUGUAUGUAUGUGUGUGUAUAAAAUUGAUUCAGCUGCGGGAUCGGGGCACCACCAGUGCAGAGCUUGCUCCGGAAUGGCAGCAGGCAGGUGUGAGUGCAUCUGCACGCACAGUGAGGCGAAGACUUUUGGAGGAUGGCCUGGUGUCAAGAAGCCAGCAAAGAAGCCACUUCUCUCCAGGAAAAACAUCAGGGACAGACUGAUAUUCUGCAAAAGGUACAUGGAUUGGACUGCUGAGGACUGGGGUAAAGUAAUUUUCUUUGAUGAAUCCCCUUUCCGAUUGUUUGGGGCAUCCGGAAAACACCUUGUCUGGAGAAGACAAGGUGAGCGCUACCAUCAGUCCUGUGUCAUGCCAACAGUAAAGCAUCUUGAGACUAUUCAUGUGUGGGGUUGCUUCUCAGCCAAGCGAGUGGGCUCACUCACAAUUUUGCCUAAGAACACAGCCAUGAAUAAAGAAUGGUACCAACACAUCCUCCGAGAGCGACUUCUCCCAACCAUCCAAGAACAGUUUGGUGACGACCAAUGCCUUUUCCAGCAUGAUGGAGCACCUUGCCAUAUGCAAAAGUGAUAACUAAGUGGCUCGGGGAACAAAACAUCGAUAUUUUGGGUCCAUGGCCAGGAAACUCCCCAGACCUUAAUUCCAUUGAGAACUUGUGGUCAAUCCUCAAGAGGCGGGUGGACAAACAAAAACCCACAAAUUCCGACAAACUCCAAGCAUUGAUUAUGCAAGAAUGGGCUGCCAUCAGUCAGGAUGUGGCCCAGAAGUUAAUUAACAUCAUGCCAGGGCGGAUUGCAGAGGUCUUGAAAAAGAUGGGUCAACACUGCAAAUAUUGACUCUUUGCAUAAACUUAAUAUAAUUGUCAAUAAAAGCCUUUGAGAUUUAUGGAAUGCUUGUAAUUAUACUUCAGUAUACCAUAGUAACAUCUGACAAAAAUAUCUAAAAACACUGAAGCAGCAAACUUUGUGAAGACCAAUACUUGCGUCAUUCUCAAAACGUUUGACCACGACUGUAGACAUGUUGCUGGAGAGCAUCAUGUCUCUCGUUCACAUUUGCUUGUAAAUGUCCAAACUCACUAUUCGGUGGGUCUUACCUAUAUUCACUACAUGACCAGAAGUAUGUGGACACCUGCUCGUCGAACAUCUCAUUUCAAAAUCAUGGGCAUUAAUAUGGAUUUGGUCCCCCCUUUGCUGCUGUAUCAGCCUCCAGUCUUCUGGGAAGGCGUUCCACUAGAUGUUGGAACUUGCUUCAAUUCAGCCACACAAGCAUUAAUGAGGUCGGGCACUGAUGUUGGGUGGUUAGGCCUGGCUCGCAGUCGGCGUUCCAGUUCAUCCCAAAGGUGUUCGAUGGGGUUGAGGUCAGGGCUCUGUGCAGGCCAGUCAAGUUCUUCCACACCGAUCUCGACAAACCAUUUCUGUAUGGACCUCGCUUUGUGCACAGGGGCAUGUCAUUGUAUGCUGUAGCGUUAAGAUUUCCCUUCACUGGAACUAAGGGGCCUAGCCUGAACCAUGAAAAACAGCCCCAGAACAUUAUUCCUCCUCCAUCAAACUUUACAGUUGGCACUAUACAUUUGGGUAGGUAGCGUUCUCCUGGCAUCUGCCAAACCCAGAUUCAUCCGUUGGACUGCCAGAUGGUGAAGCGUGAUUCAUCACUGCAGAGAACGAUUUUCCACUGCUCCAGAGUCAAUCGCGCGAGCUUUACACCACUCCAGCCAACGCUUGGCAUUGUGCAUGGUGAUCUUAGUCUUGUGUGUGGCUGCUCGGCCAUGGAAACCCAUUUCAUGAAGCUCCCGAUGAUGGAGAUUGCAUGGCCGUGUGCUCGAUUUUAUACACCUGUCAGCAACAGGAGUGGCUGAAAUAUCAGAAUCCACUAAUUUGAAUGGGUGUCCACAUACUUUUGUGUGUAUGUAUAGCUUUAUGAACUGGAUUGCCUGGCUUUGCAAUUAUUUUAUUUUCGUUUGCUCUCGUUAGCAUAUUUAACUAGCAGCCUCUGCAAAUUCGCUAUUACGUGUGCUCAUUUUUUAGCAUUCUGGUAAUAGGCGCCAAAUGGGCGUCUCUUGCGUUUUUUGGUGCCCACUUGUGUACUAAAACGGUAAUACCGUCAGUCCCGUGGUGAGAGAAGGACGGUAUGACUACCUUUGUACUUGUUGAUCUUAUUCUGUGUUAGUCCAUUUUUUCAGAUUUUAUCAGUUUGACCCUCUAAUAUGCAGAAUUGGACUGACCCUCUCCUCUCGUUGCUCCUCGGUCAUUCCACAGCGGUCAGAGGAGUCCGUCCCCAGGUCCCAACCACGCCCCCCCCAGCAGCAGCAGCAGUGCCCCCACCACCACCUCCACACCCUCCAGCUCCUCCAACCGGCCAGCCUCCUGCUCCUUCACCCCCACCCUAGCGUCACACUUCAAUGAGAAUCUCAUCAAGCAUGUCCAGGGCUGGCCCGCCGACCACGCAGAGAAGCAGGUAGGUACUUAAAUGUAAAUGUUACGCAUCCAAGGAAUUGUAUGCAUUACUUUUUAUUUGACCUUUAUUUUAACAGGUCCAAUUGAUAAAAUACCUAUUUUUCAAGGGAGAUCAGUAAAGAGCUAUAUAUAGAUUGGAUAGAUUUUAGCAGUAUUGGAUACCUGAUUCAUGUCAUUAUUUUGACAUGAACCUACAUUCAUUAUGCAUUGAUCAGAGUCAUGGCUGUUGGUAUUUGAUUAUGUCUUGUCAUAAUUUCACUGCGCUAUGCUCUGGAUGUGGAUUAAUUCAACCUUUUUUCUCUCUCUCAGGCAUCCAGACUACGUGAUGAGGCCCACACCAUGGGAAGCAUCAACAUGUCUGAAAAUUGCACCGAGCUCAAAAAUCUGAGAUCCUUAGUUCGAGUUAGUGAAAUUCAAGCGACAUUGCGCGAGCAGAGGUAAGAAUCCAGGCCCUAAUUGCCUGGGAUAUGCAUGUUAACGUCGAAAUAUGUUAAAUAAUUACAAAUAUUUUAUCAUGACAACUAAUACAAGUUUAUUUUUUCCUCUCAUUCCUCUAGGAUAUUAUUUUUGAGACAACAAAUUAAAGAACUUGAAAAGUUGAAGAAUCAGAAUUCCUUCAUGGUCUGA